AUGAAGAAAAGCAGAGGCCGGACAGGUCGAAAGCGAAGAAGAAAACACUUGCAGAGUUUUAUGGAUGGAGUCAACUGCAGUCACAAGCUGGAAUACAUUAAACUUAAGAAGUGGCUGAAAGACAGAGGAUUUGAAGACAGUAAUUUAAGGCCAGCAGAGUUCUGGGAUACAGGUAGAGGACUGAUGACAACAAAAGCUCUUCAGGCAGGAGAUCUGAUUAUUUCAUUGCCUGAUGAAUGCUUACUCACCACAGACACUGUCCUUAGUAGCUGCUUGGGAGAAUACAUUAUGAAAUGGAAGCCUCCUGUAUCUCCUUUGAUAGCACUGUGCACAUUUUUAAUAGCAGAGAAGCAUGCUGGUGAGAAAUCUCUGUGGAAGCCAUAUCUUGAUGUUUUACCCAAGACAUACACUUGUCCUGUUUGUUUGGAGCAUGAUGUAGUAAGCCUUCUUCCUGAACCAUUAAGAAAGAAGGCUCAGGAGCAGAGACGGACAGUCCAUGAGUUGUACAUGUCUUCCAAGGCUUUUUUCUCUUCACUGCAACCUUUGUUUGCUGAGAACACAGGAACUAUUUUUAACUACAGUGCUCUAGAGUGGGCUUGGUGCACUAUUAAUACCAGGACAAUAUACAUGAAACAAUCACAGAAGGAAUGUUUUUCUCUUGAGCCAGAUGUUUAUGCAUUGGCACCAUAUUUAGAUUUGCUAAACCACAGUCCAAAUGUUCAGGUAAAGGCUGCAUUUAAUGAGCAGACAAGAAGCUAUGAAAUUUGGACAAAUUCACAGUGCAAAAAAUACGAAGAAGUAUUUAUCUGCUAUGGGCCUCAUGAUAAUCAGCGACUGCUACUAGAAUAUGGAUUUGUUGCCAUUGAUAACCCUCACAGCAGUGUUUAUGUCUCAUCAGAUACUCUCCUCAGAUAUUUUCCACCAUGGGACAAGCAGAGAAAUGCAAAACUUUCCAUUCUAAAGGAUCAUGAUUUCUUAGAGAACCUGACCUUUGGAUGGGAUGGACCAUCUUGGAGACUCCUCACAGCCCUCAAGUUGUUAAGUCUUGGAGCAGAUGAAUUUACUUGCUGGAGGAGAACACUGCUUGGUGAUGUAAUUUCAUCCAGAAACGAACAGCUGACUUUGAAUAUAACAGCAAAAAUAUGCCAUUUUUUAAUAGAGGAGACACAGCAUGUUCUUCUCCAGAUUUCCCAGUUGAAAAGGAACAAAGAGAACCUCAAAAAACAUCUGGCUUUGGUAGAAGCACUACGCUUGGAAGAUCUGAAGAUACUGCAAAAAUCAGCUGAGAUUCUUUGUAACCUGAAUAUGGCAACAGCUUGACCCAUCUGGAGCUGUGAUAACUGUGGCUGAUUGGAUCUCUUUUGCCAUGGAUGUGCCUGGCUCAACUACUUUAAUGGACGUGAGCAGCAAAGAAUAAUGCAAAAAGUCAUCAGAAUAUGGCUAGUUUCGUUCACAGGAUCACACAGGACCCACAAUCUUACUUAGUUCUUUGCUGACCUCCUUCAGUAAUACGAAAGGUUAGCC